AUGACGGCUCUUCAUCCCUUUGACCCCAUCACUCCCGGGGAAAUCCAGUUGGCCGUCAAGAUUCUGGAAGCGGCUUUCCCCGGAGUCUCCCUGAGAUACAAGAAAAUCGAUGUCAAUGAACCUCUGAAAAGGGAGGUUGUACCGUACAUUGAAGCCGAGAGGUUAGGAAAGCCUUUGCCGACAGCACCAACACGGUUGUUGCAGGUUCUGUUCCAUCGUUUAGACAAUGGAGCAUUCUACAAAGCCUUGCUCAAUGCGGGGACAAGGUCUGUGGUGUAUGCCAAACAGUUGCCCAAAGAGGUUCAGGGCCCUGUCGAUGCUGACGAACUGAUCGAAAUCGAGCAACUCUGUCUGAGCCACCCCGCCGUGCAGGCAGAGAUUGCCAAAAUGCAACUGCCGCAGGGGGUGACUGUUUGCAAUGAUCCCUGGAUCUAUGGGACGGAUGACCCCAAGGAAUCCCGCCGCCUGUUCCAGUGUUACAUGUACGUGGUGACCACGGACCAUCCGCAAAAUAACCACUAUUCCGCACCCUGUAAAUUCUCGCCCGUGUUCGAUGCGCUCACCCGCGAACUUGUCCGGAUGGACUAUCUCCCGGGUGGCGGGGACGCUCAGGUCGCCGAGACUCAGCCGUGGAAGACGGUGGAGACCAUCCAGUACGCGCAUGAUCUGCUCACAGAACCGCUGCGGACGGAUCUGAAGCCAUAUAUCGUGCAGCAGCCCGAGGGUCCAUCAUUCCAUGUAGAGGGAAACCUCGUCUCAUGGCAGAAGUGGAAGUUUCGCGUAGGUUUCAACACCCGUGAAGGGUUGGUCAUCUACAACACCACUUAUGACGGACGCAAUGUGUUUUACCGGCUGUCAGUUUCCGAAAUGACGGUACCAUAUGGAGAUCCACGCGCCCCCUACCACCGCAAGCAGGCGUUUGACGUCGGCGACGUUGGAUUUGGCAUCACUGCCAACCAGCUCUCCCUUGGCUGCGACUGUCUGGGUCACAUCAAGUACUUUGAUGGGUACCGCUCCGACUCCAAGGGCAACCCUGUGCAGCUGAAGAAUGUUAUCUGUUUGCACGAGCAAGAUAAUGGCCUGCAGCACAAGCACACCAACUACCGCACCGGGGCUGCCACGGUGGUCCGCAACCGCCAGCUAGUAGUACAGAUGAUCUGCACCGUCUCCAACUACGAGUACAUCUUUGCCUUUAUUUUCGACCAAGCCGCUAACAUCGAGCUGGAGGUGCGCGCGACUGGCAUCCUGUCUACUGUGCCGUUUGACAACGAAAAGUUUGGAACGACAGUGCCCUGGGGUACGAACGUCGGGCCUGGCGUUAUGGCACCUUUCCACCAGCACAUGUUCUCCUUCCGUAUCGACCCUGCCCUCGAUGGGUUCAAAAACACGGUCUACUACGAAGAUAGCGUUCCGAUGCCCGAGGACGAGAAUAACCCGUAUCUGGUGGGCUACACCACAGAACAAACCGUCCUGCGGACCAGCGGCAGCGCCAACACCAGCGUGGAGCGCCACCGGGUGUUUAAGAUCCGCAACGACGCCUGCAUUAACCCCAUCACGUAUAAGCCGGUCGCCUAUAAGUUGCAGACCUCGCCGAGCCAGAUGCUACUGGCCGGGAACAGGUCGUUUGGCUACAAGCGGGCCGAGUUCGCUACCAAGCCGAUCUGGGUGACAAAGUAUCAGGAUGACGAGCUGUAUGCGGCUGGCGAAUUUACCAAUCAGAGCAAGCAGAGUGAGGGUGUGGAGAAGUGGGUGAAGCGCAAUGAUCCUGUUGAGAAUGAGGAUCUUGUCCUGUGGCAUACUUUUGGCCUUACGCACAAUCCUCGGGUAGAGGAUUUCCCUGUGAUGCCAGUCGAACGGGUCAGUGUCAUGCUCAAGCCGGAUGGCUUCUUUACCAAGAACCCGGCGCUGGAUGUUCCCGCGUCGACUCAGUCAUUCAAUCGGUCAACACUGCAUCCGGAGCCGGCUUCUUGCUGUGCUCCUGCCAAGGUGAAGUUGUAG